AUUGAGUAAAUGGAACUGGUUUCGAUCAGGCACAGGUGGUGCUUGCUGGGUUGCACUUUCGUCAUCUCUCCAUCAUAGGAUUUAUGAAAUGGAAAUAUCACUUUCAUGCUGAAUAGAACACCAUGAACUGGUUCUGACUGAGAUGCAAACAAAUCACAAAGACGCUUCUACCCAAGCACCUACCUAGCCCCAUGCAGUCACCCUAGCUGUAAGACCCAAGAUGACCAGUGAGGACAACCAGUGACCAGUGUUUAUAAUUAAUCAGGAAUCUAAUCAAGGAUUGUGCUGAGCCAUGAGUGAUCAGGAGAGGCCUCGUAGCAGGUCUUCUUCUCGCUCUCCAAGACAGGACUCUUGGUAUAUGCUGGUACAGGAAGAGGUUCUUGUCUCAUCUCCGACCCCAUCUCCUCGACGAUCUCUCACCAGCAGUGGAAGUCGUUCCUCAUCUAAGGCCAGUAGCGUGUCUUCCACCCCCAGACCACUCCAGACUACCUCAUCUACUGCUGCAGCUGCACAAAGUCCAGCAUCCCUGCUCCAAAGCACCACCCUAUCACAGCAUCCCCUGGAAGAAGAAGAUGCUGCCCUCACCCAGUAUCCUCUAGAGGAAAGUCUUGAUGAGAAGCAACGUCCUUCAGGCAGUCAUCACAGCAAACAGGGAGAUGCCCAUAUAGAUGUCAUUUCACCUUUAGGUGGAGUACCUGAGAGCGAUGAGGCUGCCCCCGUAGAGCGGUUUGCUCCACUCCCUCUUAAUCUUGAUACCAGCCUUGACUCACAGGAUGGAGAUAAGUUCAGGGGGUUGGCAAAAGGGACUUUCCCUUUUCUUGAAGAGGAUGAGAGUGCAGCGAUGAGCAGUGACACAGACAUUAACAUCCCCCUGUCUGACAAUGAAGAUAAUGAAAGUGGCUUUCCGGAGGAUGCGGAGGAUUUUGGUGUGUCCCAGGAUGCUGUGCAGGAAGCCAUUGCAGAAGUUUCUGCAGACUUUGUGAGCGGUGUACUGUCCAUGUCGGUUUCACAACAUAGCGUGGAGGGUACCAAGAGAAAAUAUGAAAUGAAGGUGGAGGAUAAUGUCGGUGCUGCUGAUAUCCAGUCAAUGGUCAUGGAGGAUGUUCACAGCUCUGCAGCUACUACACCAUGGCAGUCUGAAGGUGGGAUGGAACAACCAACACCAUCCCCUUUUAACCAGGAAAAUAAUGAAAUGGCUUCUGAUCAAAUUCCAAGAGAAGAACAAACGUCUCAACAGAGUCAUGUAUCUGGUUCUAACAGCCAUGGUUCAAGCAGGACUAAAUCAUCCAUGGAUGGUAGUGUUCGGAGUGAAAUAAGUGAAAGGACUGCUUUAUCUACUAUUCAACUGAAGCUUUCAACAGAGGACAUGACUAAGGGAUCACCAAGCAAGUUGCCCCUAGACCUUGACAGUCUACAGCCAUUGGAUAUUGGUGAACACAUGGCUUCUGGAGCUGAAGUUGUAAUACUCAGAGGUUCAGGGGAAGAAUACCUUCAUGGAAAUGAAAGGCGUGCCCAAGAAACUCAAAGACAACAAGAAAUGACACCAAGAAACCACUUGGUAGAUCCAAGAUCAGUGGCAGAGGAUAGAAAUCAAAGGAAUGCUGAUUUCUCAGCGCAAAAUCAAAGGGUUUCCCUUGAACCUGGUUCAAGAGAAUCGCUUCCAUCGCAGUACCUCUCACCCAGUGAAGGAAAUGUGUCAAGAGAUGCUCAAUCAUACAUUCAGUAUCCAAGAGACUUGCAAGGCUCCCCUCGCAAUAUUGGAUUUUCCAGUGAUAAUGAUAGUAACUUUGCAGACAUGCCACAAGGAAGCACUAGAAAUGCAAGGGAUGCUAAUGUGAGUCAACCUAGGAGAGAUGAGGGGACUGAAAGGGAUCUUCUAGCCAGAAGAGUGGCACUUCUUCUACAGGUCAACAGUGAUAUGGAUGCUGGUGUAGGUGGCAGAAGAGCAAAUUUUCCUGGUGGCUCUUUGUCAGGGAGUGGUUCAUCCUCGCAUACCGGCAGCCCAGACAGCAUUGAAGAGGCCACUCUACCGCUUGGAAUUCUUUCUAAGGAUUCCCACGGCUCACCUUCUUCCUACAGGAGAGGAGAUGGACAGUCCCUACCUCCUCCAUCAAGAUCAGAGUCCAGUGGAAGCUCUAAUGCAGACUCCCUGGCUGAGCAUGUCAAAAGACUGCUCCAAGAAUCUGAGAGUAUGCGCAAACUUCACACAGCAGGGAUUUCUCCACAACAACUGCUAAGCAUUCAGGCAGAGAUGGGCAGAAGGUCCCCUACAUUAUCAGAAGCAAGCACAUCAAGUUCUGUAAGGGAUAUUGUUAACAGAGUAGUCAGGCACUCUAGAACAGGUAGUGAGAGCGAUGAUAGUGUUGUAAGACCUCAAGAAGCCUACAUGUCUCCCUCUCAUUCUCUGUCAGGUAGUACCACUGUACCAUUAGGGUCUAGCGGUGGACUUCAGGAAAGCACCAAAGUUACAUUCCAGGAUACAUUCCAGGCUAAUCGUUCACAGAACGCUGCUAGGUCAGGCAACACAAGCCAGUCCUCAUCAAGUACACUUACUAAUGACUCCCUGUCACAAAGAGUACAGCAGCUUCUCAGUCUUGCCGAUGAUACUCUUACCCACCAACCUGAUGUUGCCAGUGAGAGGUUGUCAAGAGAGGAUUUACUAGCUCUGGUCCAAAUUGCUGAGCUAGAGAAGAAAAUCAGUGAGUCAAGAUCAAAUUCACAAUUGCAAGGUUCACCUAGGUCAUCCCCAAACUCUAGAAUGUCAUCCACCAGAGUUGCUAUUGGCAGAUCCACAUCUGCUAAAGACAACUCUGUCGCAAGUACCGAUUCUCUAGCUUUACGGGUUCAAGCAAUCCUUGGAAGAGAGGCACCAGGAGAGCGAGUAGACCGUAUCAUUUCAGAAGCUCUUAGUACAGGUGAUCCUUUGGUUUAUGAGAGGAAUCUAUCCAAUUCAUCUCUUGAUAGCAAAUAUUCAUCUGCAAAGCCCCAAAGGAUAUCUUCAUCAAGAGAGUUUGAAGAUCCUUUAACUACAGAUGCAACACAGAGACCGUUUGGUGCGUUUGAUAGAGCAAGGGACAUGCUGACUCUUCAUUUGCAACGUUUAGAAGAAAAAACAUUUGACCAUAGUGUUGAUACAAGAACCCCGUUCAGACACGACAACAAUGCCAACAUGAUUGUGAACAGGGUUGAAUACGAUACCCUAACUCAGAAUCCAUCACAGCAGCUAUCUGAACAUGACUUCCAGACCCAAUCCUCUGGUUCCCUCGGCAAGCCAAUAUCUACAGACCAGGUCUUCUAUGGACUCUUACCUGAACAGAUCCCGUCACACUUACAAAUGCCCCAUGACCAAAGUACAGAUGAGUUCCAAGUUCUUCAGUCGGUAGAUUCACCAGCAAGGCCAAAGUCCUGGCAGGGUGAUCCUCGGCAGCUGUAUCCUCGAUAUCAGUCUAGUGGUAAAUACCAACCUGAGAAUGACAAUAUGCCUCCAGGUCAAGACAGUCAGGUCAUGGAUGACAGCUUAUUUGCAAUGCAGAGGUCCAACUCUUCACCGGACAUGAAAGUGGAAAAGAAGUCAUUUCCAGGAGCAAAGGCGACGUCUUCAUCAUCUCCUCAGAGAUCAGGAACUUGGGGAAGAACAAACCAGUUCCAAGACCAUCAGCAGCAGCAAACAUCUAGAUUACCAGGCAGUAAACUACCUGUUCUUUCACAUGGUCAUACAAAGCAAGGACAACAGUAUCCUCAAGAAAGACAGCAGGAAUACCGUAGUCCACCCUCCUCCCAGACACCCCAACACCUUCCAUCGCAGCAGCAGCAUCGACAGGUUCAUCCAGAUUACAGCACCAAUAGCUGGCCGAGAUCACUCUCCAAAUCAAGAUCUGGUGGAAGUCCAACCACGAGGCCAGAGACAAGUCCAAGAACGGAGCAAAGACAAAGUUUUGGCAAAGAUUCUUCUGCCACUGAAGGCUUCCUGAAGCCAUACAGACCUCCAGGAAGUUCAGAUGUGAUCUAUACCUACCCUAUCGAUGGACCGACUGUUCAGGAUGGAUCUCCAUCUAGAAGUGUAUCAACUCUAGAGAGCUCACAUGCUGGAUCUAAUGACGCAAACGCACCUAAUUUCCCCGUUGAUGCAUACGGCAGCAGACCUAAUCAAGAUUCGCCACAUACCUCCAAGAUUCCUAGAUACGACAGAGGACAGACUUCACCUGUAAGGAGUCCACAUGAGAGAAGCCGCGAACAGGGCCUGUAUGUGGAUGAUCACAAAGGAGGGAGGAGCUACAGGAGGUCGUUGAGCGAUAGCAGCAGACAGGAACAGGUGCGGGAGAAGGAGAAAGUUGGGCGACAGAUAUCACUAAGUCCUCAACACAAGCCAGGAAGAUCAAGGACAUCAGGGGUGAAGCGAGAACACUCAAAAUCCCCUCCAGAACCAGUACCCUAUGGGCAGAUGCCUUACAACCAAAGACAAGCUUUUCAGAUGGAGACAGGAGGGAUGCAGGCAAGGGAUGGAUCAAUUACAGGACACCCUGUCAGAGACAGAGCAACCUUAGAGCAAGGAGGAAUCGGUGGACAAGACCCUAGGGAAAGAUUUGGAUACAGAUCUCAGCCUAGACCACUUAGCUGGGAUCCAUCAAGACAGAGUCAACCAAUGGACUACAGAGGGGCUUACCCUCAGGACGCCCAGUACAGACAACAGUAUGGCAUCCCCGGUGGCAUGGCUCCGAUCCCCCCUCCUGCUUCAACUACCGACGCGACCUCACCAACAAAGAUUCCAAGGUUCAGGCCAGGUUCAGAGCAGCCACCACUGAGAUACAUGCCAGUAGGUGCAGAGAGGGCGGAGAGACGGAGGCCAGAGUACACUGAUAGACAGUAUCAGGAGUAUGGGCAACGUGAAGUUCCUCAGCUACCAGGAACCUACAGCAGACAAGUGCUUGAAGACAUCCUGCAGGAUGAAUCGGAUCCCCUCUACCGUGAAGCAUCCAUAAUGUGGGAUCAAUACCAACGCUUACAGCAGCAGAAGGAGGCCAGGAGAGAGGCUAGGAGAGAGGUCAAGGGUCAGGAUGAGUCUGACCUCUCUAGUCUAGAUUCUAGGAGAGUCAACAGGCUUGCCCAUCUAGUCCAAGACCCAGUCCAGCAUACUGUGCAACAUUUUGUCGGAGAUGAGACGGAUAGUCGUGACAGCAGUAGUACUACCCUGACGGAUUCUUCUACACCUAGACAGAGAAGAAAGUGGGUGAGAGACCAACAAGGCUUCACACCAAGGGAACAAUCUCCUGAUAAGAUGGCCAGAAAUGGAGAGUUCCAGCGUAGGGUAUCACCAGAAGAAAUUGCAGCCAUAGUCCAAAAAUCACCCACAAAAGAGUCUAGGAUACCAAGGGUGACUACUCAACAAAAUGGCCAUCAGCAGGACAAGAGAAAGAGAAGAGAUGAAAAACAUUCCUCAAAACGCUCUCCUGAACAAGAGCCGAUAGAAUCACCUCUGGGAGACAAUAUCACCCAGGAAGCAUUAUCCAGUGUGCUUACGGCAACUGAGGAGACAUUAUUGACGGAUAUGAGUCUUGAGUCAGAUAGAUUGCUAGAGCUCCUUGGACCAGAUGGAAUCCGCAAGUUGAGCUCUAAGCUGGUUAAGCUACAACGGAAGAUUGAUAGGCAACGUGAACACCAUAGGAAACGCACAGAAGAGCAGAGCAGAGACAAACAGUCCACAAAGACGAAAGCACAUCGUCAGGAUGUUCCCGUUUCCAGUACACCAGCAGUGGAUGAUCUAUCGUCAACAGCAACGUCUGGGACCAUGGAGGAGGUUUCUGAUACUGCUGGUGCAAACCUACGUGUUGGGAAGCAGACGUCUCUUGAGCCUUCCUUGAGUCCAGUCCAGGAAGCAUCCUUCCGAUCGACUGAGGACUCUGUCUUCGACACUACAGAGAGUACUUCAACAGAGGCUUCCGUUCCAGACAGGAAGAUCACCAGGCAAGGAAGGGUCGUAGACGAUGGACAAACAGUGAAGAGGAGGAAAGACUUUGCUCAUCAUGAUGACUUUGGCGUGACGUACAACACAGAUUCAUUCAGCGAUGCUGGAUCUGAUACCAGCGUCCCGUGUGCCUGUAAGCCAAAGCGUUCCCAUUCCAUACAUGGCUUUACAAGCAGAGCUAGGGAACAUGCCACGGACAAAAUGAGCAAAGAAGAUAAACCAGACACGGAGAGAGAUGAAGUCUUCAAGAAACCUUCCAAAGGUUCGUCGUCACGGAUCCCUGUCAGGGACUCCGACCCUUCCUCCAGGAAUGGAACCAAUGCUGCAGGAUCAGCGCAGGAUAAGCCUCAGAAGGUGAAACCAGGUACAGCAUUCGUGAUUGACGUUGGGCGAGGUGACAGAGAGAACGGAAAGGAUACAGUGUUGACAGGAAAGCAGAAUUACAGUAACAAAGAUGUUGAAGAGGAAGAUGAAGAGAGGAGGAGGAGAAGGAGUGAGAGGAUAGCUGCUAAGCAGAUACAAGCAAAGGAGAAUGAAGCUCCUUCAAGAAUCCCUAAGAAGAUUGUACAACCUGUUGCAUGGUUUCAACCAAUAGCUAAGAAGAUGCCAUGGCAACAGGAAACACCCACCAAGGCCAAGCCUCAACCAAUGAGCUUUCCUGUUAACAAUGAAGAGACCGCCCCUAAGCCUGGUGACAAGGCAUCUCUGCAGGUCGCAUUUGAGAAGCAUCGCAGUGACUUUAUUUCCAAGUCUCGUGAAAGGCAACGAAAGAUGAGGCUUGCUGCAGAGGAGCGUCACACACAGGCACAGUUUGAACUAGAGAGGGCGCAAAUUUUCGCUGAUCAGCGAAGCAAGAAACCGAAUCCCAAUGCACAUCCCCUCAGUGAUCAACUGCACAAACCAAAGAAGAGGGCAAUGUCUAAGAAACAGAUGAAAGAACAUACAGAGAAGUUAUACAACCGUCUCCCUGAAGUGAAACAGAAAGAGAAGGAGAAGAAGAAAGCUCAAGAUUCAAAUCUGAAUAGGAUCAGAGCUCAGAUGUAUCGCAAGAAACUGAGUGAUAAGGUGAAGGGAAAACCCUUUCCAGGAAGCUGAUUGAAGGACAGCCAGGAGUAGUAGCUCACAGCAUACACAGCAUAGUAACAUUAGUAGAGUAAAAUAUCCAGUGCUUGCCUUUGUAUAGAAGCAGAGAAAUGUAACUAGUAUUGUUAGAUUAGUACCUUGAGAUAGGCAGACAGGCAGAGAGAAAUACAUGAUAACAAUACAAACUGUGUUGUUUUAUUGAUCCAUUAUUUUAAAUGUACUAUUAGAAUCACACAUGAAUACAGAUGACUAGCAAGAACAAAAUGCACUGAUGAUUAUCCAUCAUCACCUAAAUGAUUUUUGUUUUUUUUCUUUUUGUUUUUUUUAAUAAUUUAAUUAUGGUAUAUUUUUUGUACAACUUUUGGAUGAGGUCCUAAAUGGUGAAAUGUUUAAACUGAGACAGUUCUUCAACAUUUGAUUUUCGUUCUUUCAAAUCUAUCAAUCAAGGAUUUUACAAGAGAUGUCUGUCAUUGUAAUAGUUCAAACAGCCAACUGGUGUUACUCAUUUUUUAGACCUUGCAUACAAAAUGCCAAAGAAUUUUACUGACUAAUUUUUAUUUCAUAAGCCAGAAAACAAUUCAGGUAUAUAUGUUGUACUCACAAGUAGUUUCUCAUCACAUAUACAUGUAAUAUGUAGGACCACCUAUAGGGCACCAACUCCAGGGGGGUGUUUCACAAAGACUAAGAUUAACUUAAGUUGGACUUGGAACUAUGGCAGGCCAUUCAUACCAUUGUUCUCUCAAGGGACGUUAUCUACAAAUCUACAGAAUUUACAUUUUUGAUAGUUCAUUGUUGAUGAAAAAAGGUUACUUACAUUGUAAACUUAUGUAAUAUUUAAUACUUGGACUUAUAAACCUUAUAAAUUAUGAUCUGUACAUGAUUUUUUCCUUCAAUAAUGAACUAUCAAAAAUGUAAAUUCUGUAGAUUUGUGACCACAAUUUGUACAUCCUUAGAGAGACAAAUGCCAGGAAUAGUGAGAGCAACCAGUGGCAUAAACGGCCUGCCAUAGUUCAAGUCCAACCUAAGUCAAUCUUAGUCUUUGUGAAACGCUCUCCAGAUGAGUUUAAUUGCACCACUAGUAUGACGUAGCUACCAGUAUGCAAUAGUAUCCUCUGUUGAGAGCCAGAAGGGUGUUAUUAAACUCAAACUGUUUUCAAGCAUUCCUGACAAAUCAAAGGACCAAGAUAAACCAAAGAUACAGAAGAACAUUCGGAUCAAAUUGGAUUCCCCACUGAGAUUAACUUCACCGAACAAUGAAGUGCCAAAUUAUCUGUGUUUUUAAUGUUUGUUGAGAGGUAGAAAGGCCUUACAUGUAUUCAGGAACUAAAGUCCUUCUGGCUGUAAUGCUCUAAAAGACAUAAAGAUGGCAUUUUUUAAAUGUAAACAUAAUUCUUCAAAUGUAUAUAUAGAGGGAGAGUUUUGCUGGUAAUACAAGUUGUAGGUGAUGUGUUCCUAUUGUUGAAUGGUAUUCAUCUGUCCUAAAGCUGUUAUGCACAAAUUUCCCUUUCAAAUGUAUUGUUGCAUUUUAAAUAACUCUGCUUUCCCUGUAAUUCCUCCAGUAAAAAAAAAAGAGGGAAAAGAAGAUUUUUUGUAAGUUUUUGAAAGGUUUCUACCAAGCUUCUUGCCCAAGUGCUUUUAUUUCUCUUAGCAAUGUAAUGUUUAUAACAAGUAACUUUUGAGAUUUCAUUGUAUUUAUUUGCUUUUCUUGCAUAAUAUCUGCCUGUAUCGUUGGAGAUUCUUUAGUGUGUGCCUCUCAAUUCCAUUCCAUUUUUCCUUUCAAGUGAAUUUAUUUUGUGCAUUUAUUUUGAUAUGUAAAAAGUGUAAAUUAUUAAUAUAAAGAGAGGAAGUGUAUUGUACAUGCCAACCAAAUUGUAUAUGUGUAUAUACACAACUUUGUACAAUUUCCAGAUCUAUUGACAUGUAAUAAGUUUAGUGUGAAUUUGACGUGAAUUUCAUUAAUUUCAUCUCAGGUGUCUGUUCUAUCUGAAAUUCUUUCUAGUCUUCUUUUUUGUAGCAGUAGGAAAAGAGAUAAAAACAAAUAAAAAACACUAGGGUGGUGUUUCACAAAGCCUUUUUUCAAUGACAGAUGACAAAAAUCAGUGACAAAUCUGCUGAUAACCAAUAAGAAUCAUGGAUUUCACUAGCUUAUAACAAAAACUGUCAUUUUUCACUGAUGACAAGUUUUGUGAAACACCCCUGCUCUCUCCCUACACAUGUGCACACACUCUUGCAUCUGUUGUAAUAGGUUAACUCUUUCUAUGCUGCAGAUUGAAACUCUAGAUUGCUACAAUGUGUGGAGUAUAUUAUACAUGUACAUUGUAUGUGUGACAAACGUUGUCUGUGGUGAUCCACCACUUGUUUCAAUAGUCGAUCAAAGCAAGUAUAAGGUUAAGGAGGGAAACAGCCAAAUUAUCUUACAGGUAUUUUUUUUACUUGUAGCAGUGAUUGUCGUGGGCACAUGGCUGUUUAUUCGAUUUAAAGUUUUUUGUGUUGAAAUUCAUGUAAGAGCAGUACAAACAUUACAAGAAGCUGAUACCAAAGUUGUGUUUAUUGUUUGUACAUCAAUGGAUUGUGAAUGGUUGAAAUUUGAUAAGAAGUGCAUCUCAAAGUGAUCAGCUGGAUGAAAUAAAUGGUGUUUAAUGGCGCAUGUGAUAGCUUCCAGGUGCAUGUAUGAAACCCAAGAUGGUCCAAUCAUAUGAUGACAGUUCUUAUUCCUCAUUACCAUUCCUCUAGAUUUAGGCUCUGUACAUUGUAAGUUGGGAAACUUUUGUCUGAAUUAAAGAUCUCAUCCAUAAGCUAUUAGAAGAUUUUAGAAGGCAAUACCCUAUUGAGUUUGAUUUCCAACAUACAUUUCACCUUUACCAAGAAGCAAAUAGUAAAUUUGGAUUCAAAAUGGCUGACCGUAAUAACAGAUAUAUUUAGAUGUAGAUACCUAUUUUCAAGAUUUAUUAUGUGCUGAGGGGAGAAGAGCAUUCAGAAAUGAUCUGUGACUUAAUCAAAGCAAAAAGUUUGUACUACAAGUGAUUUUUAGUGAGGAAAUUAUUAAUUCAGUUUUUUCUAUAAAGUAAUUAUUAUUUGUCUAGUCUUCCCAUACAUGUACCUCUCAUUU